AUGGCUAUGGCUCGCAUGCAGUGCUCCAGCGAUUGCGGACUGAAUCGCAUUUGGAUAGUGGUCAGGCAAUUAUACUUUGGUCAUGCAAAUAUCCUCAAGGAGUUAGUUGACCGCAACUCCAAGUCGUACUCUCGUCACCAAAUCGACGUCCUCUCACAGCGGCAUCUCAACCCGCAUGUAAGUUAUCUCGAGACCUACAACAGACCCCCGAAAUCCCUUGACUCGCGCGACGACGAUUUUAACGAGGCUCAGUCGGCCACGGGUAUAUCCGCGGUCGGCUAA